AAAAGGCUGUUAGAGCAUCAUAUGCUACCUCCCAUUUAAUCGCGAAAAAUUCCAAGCCGUUUGCCGAAGGAAAAUUGAUAAAAGAAUGCCUGAUCGCAGCAGUAGAGUCGUUCGGAAAAUCAUUGACUCUGGAAGAAGUUGCUAGUAUUCCUUUAAAUAAUAUAGCAGUACAAUCUCGAAUCAACGAUAUUGCUUCUUCUUUAGAAAACCAAUUAAAAUCUCUAUUGCAAUCUUGUGCUUUUUUUCAUUGUGUCUCGAUGAGAGCACCGAUAAUCGGCAUUAGAACAACGGGAUCUGAUAUUUUCAAAGCCGUCAACCAAACUGUCGAAAAAUUUGACAUUGAUUUAAGUAAAUGUUCGGCUAUUGUGACCGAUGGCGCAAAGGCAAUGAUAGGCUCGAAAAAUGGAUUUUUCGGUCAACUAAAGCAGCGAGGUUUAAAGUUUCCUGUCUUACAUUGCAUUAUUCAUCUAGAAGCGUUAUGUGGGAAAGUUGUAAAACUAUCUACCGCAAUGCAAACGGUCACAAAAAUUAUUGUUUCACCCUUGCCGAUCAGGUCCGAUCAGGCAGCGGGGUCCACGAAAUGA